GCGCUCGGCUGGGAUUACGGAGCUGCUCGCGCUGCUGUUCUGCGGUAGCGCUCGCGCUGCUGUUUCUUUUUCUGCGCCCCGGGAAGAGCGCGAGCGCACCGGGCACGGGGAGUACUGAAGGCUGCUGCCCGCGAGGAGGUCUGGAUGGAGCUCAGGACGGUGCUCGUGUAGAUUUUUAAUAGAUUACUACUGUUUUUCUGUUCAUGCAUUCAUUUUUUGUUGGGGUGGUUGGUCAUUCAUUUAAUAAUAAUGCACAAUUUGUAUAUUUAAAUAUUUGCAUAUUAAAACUGUGAACUUUUUUUAGUAAAUUGCUUGAUAUUAAUUAAUAAUCAGAAUAUCAGAAUAGCAAUUACCCAUAAGUUAAUAUAUUAAUUUAUUACGCUAUUAUUUGAGUUGCUUAUUAUAUUAUUAUUAUUACAUUAUUUUAUUGUAGUUUCUUUACAUGAUACCUAGAUACCUAUCUUUGCUGUACUGUAUAUGGUAUGGUAUAUAGUAUUAUUAGAAUGGCCCCUAGACAACAUGUCACAUCAGCUCUUUGUAACCACUUCUUCUUCAUGCUAAAUUAAAUCAAGCGCACCUCGUCACGCCAAAAAAAUAAUGCACCUGCUUGAUAGUAAUUACCCAGAAAGGAUGGAGCGUGGCACGCCGCAAAGGAAAACCGUGUACAGGAUCUCUCUCACCUUGGUGAAAAAGGAGAGUUUGCAAGGUGGUGGCAGUGGUAGUAGUGGUGGCAGUAUUGGUGUCAGUGGCGCUGCCACAGUGCCCAGGCGGCUCGAGAACCCCAAAAUCAGUGCCUACCGCCGGGAAGGAUCAUCCGAAUUCCAGAGGAGCUGUCUUCUAGAGGAGGUUAAGGAAGUUGAGGAUGAAACGGACGAGUUCUCCGUUCCGCAUGCCUACAGGAACUUCAGGACGUUCAGCACAGGGCAGCUGGAGCUCGGUAGGUUGAAGGUGUCGCGGAAGGCACGUCUGCACUUACAGAAGGAUAACUCUCUAGAGUUGGAUGAUACAGAUACGCAGACUUUCACAGCGUUGGAGGACGCUCGCUGCUGCAAAGAGGCAAUAAAGAAUGGUUCACUUCUUCAUAAGGAGGUGGAUGAUAAUGAUGAUAAUGAUGUUCGAGUGCAGGAUGAUACGACUUCAGCUGACAGACUCAAAGCGGAAGGUGAAGCUGAGGAAAGCUGCAAAGCAAUAGCAGCAGAUUCUGCUGUAGGGAAUGGAGAGAGCAUGAGCUAUAAGAAGAAAAAAGACAAAAUGCUUCUAAAGACUUCUAAGAGUGCUGAAGAGCAGGUCAGCGGAUGUACCGUUGGAGAUCAGUCAACGUUUGAAGAGGGGAAAGACUCCUUUAAUGGCGGAAAGCUGCCUAAGGACUCCAGCCUCUCAUCUUUGCUUUCUAAAGCGAACGGAAAGGCGUCCAAGCAGAGCCCGCAAACCCCGCCGGUCAACAAGAAGCACCCCGGCUUGUUGCGCCGCAGCUUCAGCUUUCGCCACUGGACUGGAAGCGAGCUCUUACGGAUACGAGCUCUAUCCAAGGAGAAGCACCACAGCAGCUCGGGUUGCAUCGGGCGAGAGGAAGCUCAGGCUCAAGCCCAGGUCAAGUCCCAGCAGUCUGCUGUGGUCCUUCAGAACCCUGCUUUUGAUGAGAAUGAACCAGCAGAAGAAAUAGAGAAGGACAAAGUAGAGAAACGAAACACUCUGGACGUAGGCGAGUUUGUCGGAAGUCGCCGGGAGCGCGCCAAGGGCAAGAACCGUACGCUGGACAACAGUGACCUGCUCAGGCUUUCGGAUAAGUCCCUGGCCGAGAAAGAGGGAUUCCUCCGAGGCACCGGCUCUCGCUCCAGUGGGCAAGAGCGCAGACUCAUUCGCUUUUUCAGUGGAAUCUUCUCCAAGAAAGAUGGCACCUCUACGCCCGUCAGCAGCCCCAGCAAUCAUCGUGCCCUCCGCAAGAAUGGCCUGCUGGGGUCUCAGAGGAGGGCCACUAUGGGUUACUCGCAGUCGAGCACAGAGAGCGUCAACGGCUUCCUACCGGACGAUGCCUUCGUGAACAGCCAGGAAUGGACCCUGAGUCGCUCCGUACCGGAGCUCAAAGUGGGUAUUGUUGGGAACUUGGCCAGUGGGAAGUCAGCUCUGGUGCACAGGUAUCUGACGGGGACGUAUGUACAGGAGGAGAGUCCGGAAGCUGACGUGGACGCAGGCGGACGCUUUAAGAAGGAGAUUGUGGUGGACGGACAGAGUUACCUCCUCCUUAUCAGGGAUGAAGGGGGCCCUCCGGAGGCGCAGUUUGCGCUGUGGGUGGAUGCGGUGAUCUUCGUCUUCAGUCUGGAGGAUGAGAUCAGUUUUCAGACGGUGUAUCACUACUUCAGCCGCAUGGCCAACUACCGCAACACUGCCGACGUGCCCCUGGUGCUUGUGGGAACUCAGGAUGCUAUCAGUGCAGCUAACCCUCGCGUCAUCGACGACGCCCGAGCGCGAAAGCUCUCCAACGACCUGAAGAGAUGCACGUACUACGAGACCUGCGCCACGUACGGCCUCAACGUAGAGCGAGUAUUUCAGGACGUGGCUCAGAAAAUCGUUGCAACACGGAAGAAGCAGCAGCUUUCUAUUGGACCGUGCAAGUCCCUCCCCAAUUCCCCCAGCCACUCCUCCGUCUGCUCAGCUCCCGUAUCUGCCGUACACAUCAGUCAGACGAGUAAUGGAGGAGGCAGUCUGAGUGAUUACUCCUCCUCCGUGCCCUCCACACCCAGCACCAGCCAGAAGGAGCUCCGCAUCGACGUCCCACAGACCGCCAACACCCCCACGCCCGUCCGCAAGCAGUCCAAACGCCGCUCCAACCUGUUCACGUCUCGCAAGGGGAGCGAACCAGACAAGGAGAAGAAAGGGCUGGAGGGCCGAGCAGACAGCAUUGGAAGUGGCCGAGCAAUCCCAAUUAAGCAGGGGAUGCUCUUGAAGAGAAGCGGCAAAUCACUGAAUAAAGAGUGGAAGAAGAAAUACGUCACACUGUGCGACAACGGAGUUCUGACCUACCACCCCAGCCUACACGACUACAUGCAGAAUGUUCAUGGGAAGGAGAUUGAUCUGUUGAGGACUACAGUGAAAGUUCCUGGGAAAAGGCCCCCCAGAGCCAUUUCCACCUGCGCCGUACCCGGCCCCAAAACCAACGGCCUGACCAAGGAUAUGAGCAACCUGCAACUGGGCCAGGCUCCAGGUUCAGUGAGCAGUAGUUCGUCGGCGUCUCAGAUGGCGAGUGGAAUCAGUUUAGUAUCGUUUAACAGUCGACCGGACGGGAUGCACCAGCGCUCGUACUCUGUGUCGAGUGCCGACCAAUGGAGCGACGCCACCGUCAUCGCCAACUCAGGAGUCAGCACGGAUACUGGACUGGGUGACUCGGUGUGUUCCAGUCCCAGUAUAUCCAGCACUACCAGUCCUAAGAUGGACCCCCCGCCCUCGCCGCACGCCAACCGCAAGAAGCACCGCCGGAAGAAGAGCACCAGCAACUUCAAGGCCGAUGGUUUCUCCGGUGCGGCUGAAGAGCAAGAAGAGAACUUUGAGUUCAUCAUUGUGUCUCUGACGGGCCAGACGUGGCAUUUCGAGGCGACGUCGUACGAGGAGCGCGACGCAUGGGUGCAGGCCAUCGAGAGCCAGAUCCUGGCCAGCCUGCAGUCCUGCGAGAGCAGCAAGCAGAAGUCGCGUCUGACCAGCCAGUCUGAAGCUAUUGCACUGCAGUCAGUCAGGAACAUGAGGGGAAACUCGCGCUGUGUGGACUGCGAGGCCCUGAACCCUGAUUGGGCCAGUCUGAACCUGGGUGCUCUCAUCUGUAUCGAGUGCUCAGGUAUCCACCGUAACCUCGGCACACACCUGUCGCGUGUGCGCUCUCUGGAUCUGGACGAAUGGCCUCUCGAGCUCAUCAAGGUCAUGUCUGCCAUCGGCAACGAGCUGGCCAAUAGCGUGUGGGAGGCCAACGCACAGGGGCGCCUGAAGCCCGCCCCUGACGCCAGCAGGGAGGAACGUGAGCGCUGGAUCCGGGCGAAGUACGAGCAGAAGUUCUUCCUGGCGUCUCUGGUCUGUACUGAUCUGCCUCUGGGGCAGCAGCUCCUGCAGGCCACGGCUGGGGAGGACCUCCGUUCGGUCGUGGUGCUGCUCGCUCACGGCUCGCGAGACGAGGUGAACGAGACGUGUGGAGAAGGAGACGGUCGCACUGCCCUGCAUCUGUCCUGCCGCAAGGGCAACGUGGUCCUGACACAGCUCCUCAUCUGGUACGGAGUGGACAUCAUGGCGCGGGACGCCCACGGGAACACGGCGCUGGCGUACGCGAGACAAGCUAACAGUCAGGAGUGUGUGGACAUCCUGCUGCAGUACGGCUGUCCUGACGAGCGAUACCCGCUCAUCGCCACGCCCAACCUCUCCCGCAGGAACAACAACCGCAACAACAGCUGCAGCAGCACCGGCAGCGCCGCCCUCAUCUGACCCCGCAUCACCUGUCCUUAACACACCUUACACACACCUGACUCAACCAAUCAGACACUGUCUCACUUCUUCACACACUUCAGACUUCCUUCCCUUCAUUUAUAUCUCCAUUAUACACACACACACACACACUCUCACACACACACCUGUACAGCAGCCCUACCACUACAUUCAUACUGAUGAGAUUAGAGGAGUUAUACUAUAGAGUAGUAUACCACACUGAUGGGAAUGACACACACUGACUGUGACGGCCGAUACCAUGAAGAAACACUAAUGGAACCACUGCGUUUGCACUCACGCGAUGAUGUCUCACGCGAUGUCAUCUCACGCGAUCACGUCUCACGCUGCCACUAGAGCUCCGCGCUCUCGUUUCGCCCCUGCCUACGCCUGAACCUUUCUGACGGCAUGUACCUGGCUAUUCUAUACCUGGCUGUUCAUGUAGCUCCUCCCAAGUCAGGUGGCCUAUUUUGGGAGAAUGAUGAAACCCCACCCCCCUACUAUAAAACCCUUCGACCAAUCAGACUUCAGGAUGCAUGGCAGCACCGACCUGCACGACGACGAGAGGCUGAAUGAACCUGAUGAUGCUGAUGAUGAUGAUGAUGCUGCUUUCGUCAACAAAUAUGAUGCUGCACAAAGAACAAGAUGAUGUUAGAUGAUGGGAGAUGAUGGAAAUUGCAGUUUAGACUCCUUAAAGCAUCAUCCAGCUGCCAUAAUGUCAUAAUUUCCUUUCCUGUGCGACUAAAAAAGAAAAAGGGACAAAAGAAAUUGACGCGGGAUCGGUCUCUUGACCCAAACGUCCCAAAAAACUUUACCAAGGUCUUUCCUGACUGGUGCUUUUUCAUUUCGAGUGCGUCACGCAAUGCAUCAUCACGCCAUCAAUGUCUGCACCUCACUUUCUGCCUCACACUUCUUACUCUUUACUUUUUUCUCUUCUCCUUAUGUCUCUAUGUUCUGAUCUGUUGUUUUUUUUGUUUUUUCAGUGCAUUAAUAUAAAAAAAACGCUAAAAACAAAAUUAAAAAGCAAAAACACUCACCAUCAGUAAAUUCAAUUCCAAACUUCCUUUAUACAUAGAUUUUUUUUGUUUUUUGUUUUUUACGAAAUGUGAACAAAAAAAAAUGUCUUGCAAAGACGAGGAAAAAAAAAACACGGCAUCCAAAUAUUCCACAUUUCCCCUCCAUGUGCACACACACGUGAUAACACAAAAAGUUGCUUGUUUUAAACACGCUUUUUUUUAUUUUAUUUCUUGAUACUGAUUUGGGACUGAUUUUUGAUUAUUGUGAAGGAGUUUGGGAGAUUUUGAAGUUUUGUAGGACCAGAAAGGAAAAGAGAUUCAUGUGGGAGCCGGGUUGGUUAGGCGUGUGAUAUAUCAUUAUCAUUCUAGCGCUUUAUAAACUUUUUUAACUAUCAUUAUUCCAGCCUUCACAAGUCUUCACAACUUAAAGGGAAUUUCUUAGUGAAAAAUAGUGAUAUUUUGGUUUUCCGAGCGUCCGAGUUGCUUUUUUGUCCGAGUUCAAACUAUCAGGUCUUACUCUCAGCCUUCCGGUCACUGAUGACUCACAGCAAAGCGCCGGACGGGGGCUUCUGACUAUCUCCGCUAAUGCGCUACAAUCACAAUCGACCGGAUUUGACGUAGAAGUACGCGAGUGUGUUUCUUGUGUGAGUGUGUUUGUGAGCAAAAGCAAGCAAGAGUGAGAGAGAAAAAGGCCCAAUCCCAUUUUACCCUUCCUUAAAUGCUGCAGCCUCUGCCAUCUGUUGCACCAUUUAAGGUGGAACGGGAAAGUUAUCUACUGAGACACACUACCAGCAAUCUUUUUAUUGGCUAGUUGUAAAGAAUUUGGCCAUAAAACAUUAAAACUACACAUUAAACUCUGGUAAAAUAGUAAAGUAGUGCUGAAAAAUCUCUGAAUGAAGAGCUAACAAGCCUUAUCCUUAACCCCUAAACUACCCCUCCAGCCUAACAACAACUGGGACACAUGCAAAACAGAGGGUUAGGGGUAAGAGGUAGGGAUAAGGGGUAAGGGUUAUGGUUAAGGGUUAAGGCUAAGUGGUAGGGGUAAAGGUUAGGGGUACGAAGUAGGGGUUAGGGCUAGGGGUUAGGGGUAGGUGGUGAAAUGGGAUUGAGCCAGAGAUUGAGAUGGUGAAAGAGUGCAUGCAGUCGUUUAGCUUUCUUAUUCACAUUAGCCAUAUUGAUAUAUAUAAUAUUGAUCAGUACAGCAGCCCUGUUUCCGUAUUAAAAACUGCGCUCAGGCCAGAGGAAGGAGCGGCGCCGCGACUCCGUCGAUAUGAACCGAACGCCAGCGCCGACGUCGGCACUUCUCCCCGUGCUUUAUGUGGGAAACAUCAGCGAGGGGACGAGUCCGUCUCAUCUAUCAGCUCUUACUCAGUAUCAGGUGCUCAGGAGACGCGCGAGAGUCUCUCCACUAUGUACUCGUACUAUGUACUGCUUAUUUAUGCCGGAGAGACUCUCGCCAGCCGCAGAAGCUCAACGAUGUGUGUGUGUGUGUGUGUGUGUUUAUUAGUGUAAGAAUGUGUGCCCGGUCAUUUGUCAGAGUUGCCAGAGAUGUCCCAUUCAUUUCCUACCCCUUACCUACUUCCUGCUUGACGCGUCGAGUCCUAAUCCCCCUAAUCUUCAGCUCUGGGAAGAGGUGGAAGCAUCUCCAGAGCUUCGUCUCGUCUUUCUCGCUCUGCUGCUCUCUAACUUUUAAAGACGUGGUAGAAAUGAAGAAAAAACGUUCUUCCCAGGGAGAAAAAAAAAAUUAUUUUUAUCUUUUAAUCUGAAAUUUAAAAAAGUGUGUAGUGUUUUUGGUGCCAGGUUGAUGCUGUGUUUCUUUAAAAAGAAAAAGUGAAAGUGUGUGUGUGUUUUUCUGUCUUUAACGUUUUUGCACUCUUAAUAAAGAGAGAGUUAAAAAAAAGUGCUUUAAACAAAAAAGGGGGUGUUUUUGAGCUUGGUGUCAUUAAUUAAGAUUAAUUAGGAUUAGUUUCUCUUAAGAUAAUCUUUCUCUGUGAUUUUAUUCCUGUCCAGAACGACCAUUUGUGUUUUUCUCUAAGAAAAAAAAAAACACAGACUGAAUUAUCUACUGUUUUUAGCUGAACUCCUCUGUGGUCCAUGGUAAUUAAUCUCCUCGCGUUCAGUAAAAUAGAAAAUAGUCCACUGCCGUGCGCCGUAAUUACACUUUGGGAGCACGUUUCCAUGGAGAUCCGCUUUAAACACAACAGCGAGUGGAAAUGGAGGAGCUACUGAACAUAAAAACAUUCCUUUUUUUGUAUUUCCUCAAUGUGAAAGUCCAAAAACAUAAUUCGACAAGAAGUAUAAGCAAAAUAAUGCUCUACACUGACCCUGAUGAAUAAAAUUAUAAGGUCUUGGGCAUUAAAUGUGGAUGUUUCAAGGACAAUAUUAGCCAGACGCCGUCAGUCACCUUCAUAUACCCUCCACUGUGUUGGGUUUGGUUGUGAUGUGUAUUUAAGAUGUUUUUACAGAACAUAGGAAAUUAGACAAUGUGAACUGAGGAAUGUUUGGAGUUUUCCCAACACUUGAAUAGCAAUCACGAGAGUAGCUUACCUACCACAAGCUAUUCACUGUUCUAUGAUCAGUUUCUUUGCUUCUUUUUAUGGCACUUCUUUUAUGAUAGCUCAAAAACACCCCUUUUGUUUUCAGCGACUCUACUUUUUUUAAAGAGAGUGCAAAAUUACCUUUCUUCUCUUUCUUCUCUUAAUCUCUUCAUCUUUCUCUUCCUCUUUCUCUCUCUUUCUCUUUUUUGAUUCCGUGCACUCCCUUUCUACUUGCCUUGUUUUUUCUUAGCAUUUAUUAAUUAGAAAUUAGAAAUUCUCCCGUCGUGUGUCUGUGAUGUACAGAAUCAAGCCCCGAUCGAUCUGUAUGUAAAGCAAUACAAAGCCGGACGAAAGCCGGGACAUUUUUCAGAAGUAAUAAUAAUAAUAAUUUUCUUGCGGCGCUGUGUAUUUUUUGUUUUAUUUUAUUUUUGUUUUUUUGUCUUUUUUUGGGCCAGUAUUGGCUGCUGUGUGGCACAGAGAGAUGUUAAGACUCUGUUUCAGUUCAUAUUAUGGGAAAAAAAUGUUUGUAGAGAUGUUUGUAGAAGCGAAACGGCGCUCAGUGUUGGGUAGGAGUGUAGAGUUUGAUGUUGUUGUUGAGAAGAAUGUCUGGAGAAUGAAAGAGAGAGAGAAAUGUCUGUAGCUCAAUCUUUGGCUGAAUCCCAUUUCACACCUUUUGCCCUACCACUUAAACCCUACCCCUUGUUUUCAAGUGUAACCCUUCUUCCCUUUGGAACAGAGGAACCUUCAUCAGGAUCGCUAAAGUUCAGCAACCUAACUGCUGCUGAAUAACUAGUUAAUUUUAGGGUGUAUUUUAUUGUAUGUCCUCAUAAAGAUGGUAGAAAUUAACAGAAAUUAGUAAUUAUUGUCCACGUCUUAAUUCCUCUGUGAUAAGAAGCUGAAAUUAGCUUUGAUUAGCUUUUAUUUCAUUCAUCUUAAAUUCUGCAGCUUCUGCAGUCUGUUUCACCAUUUAAGGUGGAAUGGGAAAGUUAGCGAAAUAGAUAUCUACCGAGACAAACUAAUAGCGAUCUUUUUUUUUAUGCUUGUUCUGAAGAAUUCUACCAUAAACUUUUAAAACUACACAUUAAACUGUGGUAAUAUAGGGUAAAUUAUCACUUUUAACAAGAAAAAUACAAAAAUUGUAGCUUUCUUACCAGUGAUUCUCAUACCUCUCAGUUUGAAGUGUGCUAAAUCUGAAUCUCAGGAUGAAAUAUGAAAUCACAGCACAAAACAGAGGGGUUAAGGGUAAAGUUGUGAAAUGGGAUUGGGCCUUUUUUUAUUAUUAUUAAAAAGAGUGCGACACUAAAAUGAGAAAAUGAGCAGCGCUUGGUUUUUCCUGCUGCUUUUGUUGGUUUAUACGAGACUUUAAGGCCUAGUUGGGAAAAGGCUGAGUCUCGAAAAAGCCGUUCGUACCCUACGAAGGGCGCUAGGGAGCGAGACUUGUGUUGUGUUGAAGAGAGGGAGAGAGUGUACAGUUACAGUUAGUUAAGAUUAGAUUAAAAAAAAGCGAUUGGUUGUUUUUUUUUUUUUUGUUAUUUUUCUUUUUUAUCUCAGCCGAGGUGUAAAGUGUUUGCCUUGUAAAUAUAUAUAUAAAUAUAAAUGUAGCAGGCCUGCUAGAGGUCGCACCACAGUACCCAGUUAUUUAUGACGAAAUGCACUACAGCAUACACACACACACGCACACACACACACACACACAUAUAUAUAAAACAUACACACACACACAGAUUCUAGUAAACACCCAGAGUAACCAUUGCGUCCACCCAGAGUCGUCUUCUCCUCUGUGAAAUACCUUCCUUUUUAAGCCUUUUCUCGUUUCUGAUCCACUUUUUCUUUUCUUUUUUCUUUUUUUUUUUUUGCAUGAACGGAUGUAAAUGUUUUUUCUUCUUCAUGUAAAAAGUUUUUUGUGUCUUUACACAAACAAACACAAAUACAAACACAAAUAUACACACAAUCGAGCGUACCUGACUGACAGGUGACACUAUACUGGAUAAAACUUUACUAAAACUAAAAGUUUGCCAUUGUAGAAUGAGUCUUUCCUCCAGUUCCAGCUUCUAGAUUCCAGCUUUGAACUUCUUUCUUUCCUCUUUUGUGGCUUUUUUAUCAUUGGGAUUGUUUUUUUGUUUGUUUGUUUUUUUGCUUCCAGAUUAAACAGUGGUCCAUGAUUUCUCUUUCAUCGCCUGUUUUUAGUUUGAAUUUUUUUCUCUUUUUUUCUGAGAAAAGAAGAAUGAAGAAGCCUCAGAAACACCUGUACAAC